AUGACAGUCAUAGACAAGGAAAUCCUCCACCAAAAUGCUGUAAAUGAAUUGCUCAAGGAUUAUGACUUUCGGCGGCCGCUUGCACCUGAUGCGCCAGAGAAGGAGAAGAACGAGGACGUGAAGAUGGAGACAGGAGAAUAUUCAAUCAAUCGAUUGUUUGCCUCAAUUAAUGCUCUUGCAUGGUCAAGCCCGCAAUCAAAAUAUACCACUUGUCCUCUUGGACCAAACGGAGCAGACAUCACCAUAGACGAAUGGGGCGUAUUGCAUGAAGACAACACCGAAAAAUUAAGUAAGAUCAAAAAGGUCUUGGAGAAGUGGGCAACGAGGCACAAAGACUCUGCCUUCUUCACACUCGGCCUGCAGAUCAGUGUGCCUAGGAAAGAAGAUAGCCCGCUUCCCACAUUCAGUAGGUCUAGUUUCUUCCACAAUUACUCGACAAUAGAUGCUGACACUUUUACUAAAGUCCCUACAAGCCUUCAUCUUCAGAAUUACCCGUAUCUCGCCGCAGAUGAGACCCAGAAUCUCAAAAACCCCUUGAAAUUUCCGGACAGCGUUGCCGGAAGAGGUCAAAAUUGUCUGUGUUGGUGUGAAACCGUAGACAGAGACAACAAACCUCGGAAACUUCCUGAUCAGAAGCGACUACGCUUUGGUGGAAACCUUGCUGAGAAGGGCAAAUUCGACGGCUCAUUCGUAGUCGAUCAUCGUCUCUUCAUGCAUAAACGUUAUCCCAACCACACCAAAAAAGGGGGAGUAAACAGCGACAAUUACGCCCUUUGGGAUCCCCAAUUUGUCAUUGGAUCAGCGGUUAUUGAUGAGGAAGAGAGGAAUAAACUGAAGAAUCCGUCAGUCAAUCGUGGCGACGCGAACAACGAUUACUUCAAGUUCAAACAAACUUCUAUUGGCACCUAUGAAUGGGGCGACGAAGCAUGGGCCCCAGGAAGCUUCUCACAACCUGAUAAGUUCCACUAUAGUUGGGACUGGACACAAAAUAUACCUGGCCCUUUCAAUCGUCAGUGGAACAUUUUUUCCAAAUAUGGCGUCAAAGUGUCUUGGAAUCCUGGAGACUCCGUGAUUACCGUGUCAGGCAGCUGGUACUACAAACAUAGGGAGGAAUACUGCCCCAACACUAGUUUUUCGCAAGGCAUGUGCUACGGCGAGUUCGAGGCCAAGGCUUCUUGGUCCUUCCAGAUUGACCUCAAAAGGGAUGAAGAUGACAAGAAAGAUCCUUUGCUGAAGAAUGGCAUGAUCAGACCACGAAUCAUUGGCCUAGGGGCUGAUGGAGCUCCAGAGCAUUUCAAAUGCGAGCCCUACAACAUGUCAUAUGUGCGGCAUGAUGCGCACAAGACUCUUUCUAAUGCAAUAAGAGAUAGCCUCAAGGCCAUCUUGUCGAGAGUUGGCCUACAUUACCUGAAUGGAGGCAAGUUCUCUGAUUUGGGCCAAUUUGUUUACCCAGGCACAGGUGUUCUUCAAUUUGGCGACCCAAUGCUAAACGACUAUGGCGAUUUGAUCGCCGACGUAACUUAUCAGGAGCCAACAGGAAAAGUCGUAGUUCGACCUCCAGGUAACAUGAAAUUCGAGAAGCCAAAGACACAAGAGAGAAAGCCAGUGGUUCCCCCUCCAGCCAUAGAUCCAGGUGAAGUAGAACCACAAUUGGCCCUCUUUUGGAGCAGCAAGUACGUUCCAAUAGGCAAUGGACGUAUACGCUUGUCCUUCAGCGGCAAGAAUUUGAGCAUAGGAGAUCUGGGCUUCAAGCGAAUCAAGUUUACCUUUAUACCAAUUGAGGCGUCUCACAAUCUAGUCAUGUUCAAGCAGAGAGAUCCUAAGAGAUGGCUGAGCGCCGAAAAGGCUGCUGCUGAGAAGGCCGCCGCUGAGAAGGCUGCUGCUGAGAAGGCUGCCGCCGAUCCUGAUGCUCCAGUGAAAGAACAUGGUCAAACCGACAAAGAUGCCGAGCCAAGCAAUCAGAGAGAUCCAGCAGACCAGGAAAAGCCUGUAGCGCCUGUAGUUUCAACAGAGAAGAAAAGGUCUGAAGCCUCUGCUCCUGAUACUACUCCGGCUGCUUCUGAUACUACUCCUGCCGCCCCUGCUACUACUACUACUACUACUGCUGCUGCUGCUGCUAUUACUGCCGCUCCGGCUACGGGCCCGCCAUCUGUGUGGAACAUCACUGCCACGAGCCCUGAUAUCAAACUCAGGGCUAUUCCAGAUAUUCAGAAGAGCAUUUUCUUUCUUGAUGUGCAAACAGCCGUCCCAGACAUGAAGAAAUUCGCUUUAAAGCCAGACGACUCUUGGACCAUCAACAUGGAAGGGGAGGUCAAUCCUAUGGGCACCUAUCUACUCAGACUUACCGAGAUCUGGACAGACCCUGACCUAGCUGUGGAUGUGGACGCUGGAAAUCCUAACAGGGAGGGUAAUCGAGAACGCUACUUCCGAAUUACCACACAGAUGAAUGACGCGGAUGUUGUGCUACUGAACAACAAGGAAGUGCAAGCGCUUAUGCCAUCAGCUAAACCCAAGACUUAG